CGCCAAUAAACACCAAAGAAGAAGAAGAAGAACUAACUGCACACAUUUCCGGUGUGUACCAAAGAUUAGUGCGACGCUCAUUCCUCAUCUCUGCUCUUCAAACAUGACAACAAUAAGGUGAUUUAUUUAUUUAAAAAGAUGGCUACUCGUAACCAUAUAUGUUAAGAGCAGUUAAUUGUGACGCUAGGACUAAAUUCAGGCUCCAAACGGUAGCGUUGCUUAGAUAUAAUAAGCUACAUGUUACCCAGACUGUGGAGAGCAGCUCUGGAGCUGAUUAACUGACAGAGGGAAUAGCUUCUGAAAACAAAAGAUGUCGUGGUUCAAUCAUGUCAGUCAGCAGCAGCAGCAGCAGCAGCCGACUGACAGACACCCAGACAUGCUGUGUAGCACCCACAACUCCUCCAGGCUCACAGGUCCGACAGAGGGGUCUCCAACCAUGGUGGCAACAACACCACAGCACAUCUGGACCACUGGCUGCUCCACUCCCAGCCAGGAGGACUUUCCAUCAGCUCCAGUAGUAGUCAGCCCUCCCAGCCUGGAGAACCUGUCCUGUGCUUCUCCUGGUGCAGGUAGCAGGGUGAUGAUGAGAGAGCCGGAGCCCAUCUCCUAUGUGAGCCUCCAGGAGCAGAGGUGCGUCCUGAGCUGGUUCCAGGGCUGGAACAACUCUCAGAGGGAACGGUUCCUGCAGGACCUGCUGGGGAAAGCUGUGCCUGGGAAAGUGUGCACCCUCCUAGAUUCACUCAGUACUCUUCAGGUUAAAGACGGACUACCAAACAUCUAUGAGUGCCAGCUGCGCCUGUGGAGCCAGUGGUUUGAGUCUUGGGGUGAAGAGGAGAGGAAUCAUUUCCUGCACAUACUGGAAGAGAGGGAUCCAGUUUUUGUUGCCCACUUUUACAGGAGCGUAGCCAGUACAGCAGGAAGAGACUAACUAAUGUUUGCAUCGUGAUGGAAAAGCGACAAAAUGUGUUAAAGAGGUGACAUGUGUUGGGAAAUGUUGGUAACACUUCAUUUUUACAGGUCUGCAAAUUUCAUGGUAAUUAGGUGAUGAUUAGCAAGUAAAGUAUUUGAAAUUUCUUUUGAAUUACUGCCAAAUUACCCCAAUAUUUACCUCAAAAUUUAUCAGAAAUUACUUGACUG